AUGGAAGCCCUAAUCCUCGCCACCCUCCUCACCCCCAUUACAGCAUCUCCAAUCCCCCGCUUCCCACCUCCGAUCCUCCCACGCCGCGCCACCGAUCCCGAGUCCGGCCUUGCGAACGGAGCAAUGGAUACGGGACCGAGCGUGAGCCCCUUUGGGUGGGCGUUGGUGGGCGUUUUUGGUGUGGGCGUCUUGGUGAUUGUGGGAUUUACGGUUCGUCUGCGGUUUUGGUAUAAGUGGUUUCCCAGGAAGCCGUUGGCGAGUGCUGGAUUGAGGGAUGUGGAGGGGGGACGGGUGGGUGCUGCUGCUGCUGCUUGA